AUGGUGGCCCAAGGUAUUGUCAAGGUGACUGCGUAUGAGCAUGCGAAUCCGGUGUCAGAACCGCCAGUCCCACCAGAGAAAGUGGACAUGCUCAUCUACCCAGCAGGAGUGUGGUUCAAAGGGCUGCCGAUCAAGAGCAUCGACCAUGUAAUUGCGUCCCUAGUGGCAGAACCAACUGAGGACGACCCAGACUUCAGCCCGCCAAUGCUCAACAAGAAAAUCGCGCGCUUGUAUGCAGGCAACAUUGUCGUGUACAGCGCAGUCAGCCCAUGCGAUGGAGACUGGUUUGGAGGCAUCAACCCUGAUAAUGCCGAAGAGUUUCUUGAUGCUAUGGCCGAUGUCCAAUUCGGCAGCAGCGGUGGCGUGAGUGAUGAGAUGCUCCGGAAGCAAUGGAGAGGGCGUAUGGGUCUCUCCAAGGAAGAGCAACUGGAGGCUUUUGAAAGAAAAAGCCUCAGGACUGAAGAUGAUAAUGAGGAGGAGGAGGAGGAGGAGGAGGAAGAGACUGGCGAGGAGCCCCUUGAGGAUGAAGCAGACAGCGAUGUGGACGGGAUGGACGGUCAGCCUUGGUCUGGCCCUGGCGACGAGUCUAGCUCGUCGAGUGAUAGCUCGAGUGACUCAUCGUCUGAUGAGGAUGAUUGA